UUUCCUGAGCCCGACGUCAUUAAGCUGCGCCGAAGUCUUCGAGUGCCCUCUGUGGAGAGCUAAAGGAACAGAGGUGUCGUUUUUGUGGGGAGCUGAGGUCACAAAGACAUGGCUUUGAAACCUACAGACGAGAAACUACGGCUGGAGCAGCUGAGGGUUCUGAGGAGGAAAUGGUUGAAGGAUCAGGAGCUGAGUCCUCGGGAGCCCGUCCUGCCUCCCACCAAGCAGGGUCCAGUGGAGAGAUUCUGGAGCAACUUCCUGCGGGAGAAGAGCUUCUGGAGGACCUAUACUUAUAAAACAUACAAUUUUGGCAAAACAUCUGCAAAAAUUUUAGCCCUAACAUGGGUUAUACAUUACGUCCUGAAGUACCACCUGAUGGAAACGCCCUAUGCUGUCACCUUUGAAAGGCCUGCCUUGUAUCCUGGUGAUAUCAUCAGAGAGACUGGAGAAGUUAUUCCACCCAUAGAGGAACCAACAAGCGGUCAUCAUCACCACCACUAAGACAGAAACUUGUUAUGUUUUAAUAUAAAUGUGUGGUCAAAAGUAUAAUAUAGAAUAAAAUGUUAAUUAUA